CCUACGUGGUACUCCCGGUGUACCCAAUAAUUCCUCGAGCUUUUGUCCCCUUCCCCUCGAGACCUCUCCGCCUUUCGAAUCUCUCUAUCCUCCUCCCUGUUCCCACCUUCUUCUCCUCCCUUCCCUCUCCUUUUCCCCACCAAUCCUCCAACAUGCUUCACAGCUUGCUCCUCCAAUCCCCAAUCUCCCCCAAUUCCGCUCCCUCCUCCAUGAAAACCAAGCGCGUCGACCGCGACCUCGCCGGCGACGACAACCCUUCCGUCAAACGCGCCAACUUCUCCGCCGACGAGCAGAGCGAGCCCGCAGAAGAAGACCCCUCCUCCUCCGCCGCCGCCGUCUCCGUCGUCGAAGGCGGCGAGUCCAUCGGCCUCCGCCUUCUGGGUCUCCUCCUCCAAUGCGCGGAGUGCGUCGCCAUGGACAACCUCGACAACGCCACAGAUCUCCUCCCCAAAAUCUCUGAUCUUUCCUCCCCCCUUCGGCUCUUCCCCUCAACGCGUCGGCGCGUACUUCGCCCACGCGCUCCAGGCUCGCGUGGUCAGCUCCUUCUUAGGCACCUACAACCCCCUAACCUCCAAGAGCCUGACGAUGAGUCGAUGACCCAGUCGCAGAAGUUCUUCAUCGCCUUCCAGUCCUACAAUUCGAUAUCGCCGCUCAUUACAUUCUCCCACUUCACCGCCAAUCAGGACAUCUUCCAGGCUCUGGACGGCGAGCAUGGAUGGAAUGGAGGGCGAGGAAGUAGAGAAGCAAAGCGUGGGAGGAAUGUGGCCGGGACGAAUCAGAUCCUUCGGCUGGAAGUCGGAGAGAGGAAGAUGGUGGAAGUUGAAGGGAGUGGAAAAUCGACGAGGGAGAUUGGAAGGGACGAUGGAGGAAUCGGGGAUGGUCGAUAGGAGGGAUUGAAGAGACUGGUGGGGAAGAUCGGAAGAUUGGCCGACUAUUUUUCACCAAGAGAGCUAGAGAUUGGAGAAGAAGGGAAGAGGGAGUUGGUGGUGCUCGUGGCGUUGAUGUUUUUGUCGAAGGAAGGAGAAGAGGGGAAACCGGCGGAUUGGACAGGUCGGCGACAAUAGCUUCUUCCAGUCGUGUUCUCCGGGAAAGGGAUUUUGAGGAUUGGUCAAUUUUGGGUUUUAAUUUGGGGUAGGUCAGAUCAUGGGUUAAUGGGUUGAGUCACAUUGGUCAGGUUUUUAUGAUGUGGCAAAGCUUUUAUGACGUGGCAGGAUUGGAUUUUAUUUUAUUUUUGUCAAAAAUAGGUGACUAGGUGAGUCUGUUAGCCACGUCAGCAAAUAAUUGACGGUGUUAACG